AUGACCAACCAAGACAUGAACGCCGUCAAGAACUUCCUCGCCAGCCCUCGCUUUGCCGUUGCAGGCGCAAGCAGCGACCCCUCCAAGUUUGGCCACAGAGUGUUUGCAUGGUAUCUUCAGCGCUCUUUACCCGUCACACCGCUCAACCCGUCACGACCAAGCGUCUCUGUCGCCUCUAAGGACUACGACACUGUGCCUUCGCCUUCAGCUCUACAACAACCAGAGGAGACUGGUUUGAGCGUCAUCACACCUCCCGCAGUUACCAAGAAACUGUUGCAAGAGGCCAAGGAGGCAGGUAUAAGAGCCGUAUGGCUCCAGCCAGGCAGCUUCAACGAUGACAUUCUCGACUAUGCAAAGAGAGAGUUCCCAGGCGCAGCGGUAGGUGGAGAUGGAGGUAGAGGCGGAGAAGGUUGGUGUGUACUCGUUGAUGGAGACGGUGGCCUCAGAGCCGCUGGAAGAGAGCAAGGUCGCUUGUAG